AUGGAACCAAUUGAUGCACAUUUGCUUGCACAAACUAUACUGUAUUUUCUGAUAUUUGUCUGUGGUUUCAUUAUAAGUAUACCAUUAGGAGUAUCGCAGGUAGGUCUAUGGAUAAGAAACAAAGCACAGAUGUGGGUUUUGCCGUAUGUGAUAACAAAUACCGUUAUGGCAUUGAUGUCAUUUAUAGCUGCAUGUAUGAUAUCUGUUGGAUUCAAAAAGUUUUGUAAUGGACUGUUGAAAAAUCAUGAAUAUUAUACACACUGUUCAGAUGCAGAAGGGAGUGAAUGGCAUAAUGAAGAUACUGGCAAACAUUUUCAUCCUGGACAUUACUAUCGCAUGAUGAAUAUUUCUCAAAUUGCAUGUUGGAUAGUAUUUUUGUUAUGGGUAGCGCAGUUAGCCCUAGGAUUUCUGAGAUUUUUCAGAAAUCGUAAAUUACUACCCAAAGGAACCCAAUCAGCAUCUCCAGCUAUAUCUACCAUAAUUUAAUCACCAACAGUGAAUUAAUGGAUUCUACCUCUAGCUACUAUUGACGGCUUUAUUGAUAUUCAUAAUUUUAUCUGUCAGUGUUGACAUAAUUUCUCUUAAACUUGUAAGAUUCUUUAAUGACCAGAACAGAAACUGUAACUAUUGUUUAUGUCCAUUGGAUUAAUUUAUAUGUAAAAAACAGAAAUCAUUAUAGAUUUACAUAUGAUAUUAUUCGACGGAGAAUCUAGUGUACACCAUGCAUGUUUAAAAGAAAAUGUUGAGUAUAUGCCAAUGAAACAACAUCCCAACUAUACAAAACACUCAAAAUAUAAUUAAACGGUUACAGGCGGUCUUUAUUAAUAAAGUAAGUGCAUGGUUUACGAACUUAUCCGAUAAGCAUUAGAAAACACAGGAGACUGAUUUGUGGAUCGUAAUUAAUGUCAUUUUUUAUUUGCGAGGUUACAAAAUUGUCAUAUUAAGAAACUGGCUUGAAUACAGAAUCAUAUUCUCAUAUUCCUAGUAUUCUACUAAAUGGGUCCCUGAACAUCUUCGUAGAGAUAUGAAAGUGGGAUAUAUGUAAAAAGAAACGACGCCAAUAAGAUGUAAGGUGAAAAUACAACAUACUUGCACCAUACAAAUGUUCAAAAAAGCUCUGUAAAUAGAUAUGAAAUAAUAUGCAAUAAUGACCCUUGACUUCAUUACAGAAAGAUAUCAAUACAACAACAAAAAAACACCACAAGAAAGAACAAAAAGGUCAGAACCUAUGAUCCGACAGCUAUAAUCUAUAAAAUUACAAAAAAUAGCCUUCAAUUCCUAUAACUAAAUUUGAAUGCUUCAACAAUAAAAUAACGUCAAAUAUUAUAAAGCAUUUCGUUUUUUCUUUGCAUUGUUUUCACGUUGUCAUGGAGAGCACAUGCAGUCAUAGAUGUUGUAUUUAUAAGGAAAUAAGAUAAAACUUUUUGAAUGCCUCGGCCAAUCAAAAUUACGGAAUCGUAUUAAAUGUAUUUAU